AUGCUUCGGGACGGCCGACUGUCCACGAACGCGCCGACGCUCUAUCCCAACAACGAGGAGCUGAACAUGAACGGCAUUUGCUUCCGCACCUACGACCUCGGGGGCCACGAGACGGCGCGCCGCAUUUGGAAGGAGACUACCUCGCCGCGGUGGACGGCAUCAUUUUCGUGGUGGACGCGGCGGAUCGCACCCGUUUCGCCGAGGCAUCCGAGGAGCUUGGCCGGCUCCUGGAGGACCCCGCCCUGGCUCAGGUGCCACUGGCAGUCCUAG